CCAGUCUUUACAGAAAGGCUAUCAAUUCUUCAGGGUGAAAGAGCAAGUUACUUGACAACAGAUAAUAACUUGGAGGUAUAUCAUGAGUGAGGUUUCCAAGGAUUCUUUACAGAAGAUCCUGUUGCAGCUUGAAUGCCAUUUUACUUGGAUGUUGAUGAAGGAAGACGUUGAGCCCAAGGAGCUGGAGGAAAGGAUUGCCGAUCAGAUUGAAUUUUUACCAUCCAAAUCCAAAAUUCGGAAUUAUAACCUGAUGGCCUAUGUGAAUCAUUUAAAUGGCAGGAAAGAAACUGCUCUAGAAAAUUUACAGAAAGCUGAGGAGGCUGUGCAAAUAGAGUGCCCAGGGGAAAUCGAAAAGGCAAGUCUUGUUACCUGGGGCUGCUAUGCUUGGGUGUACUACCGCAUGGGCCAACUUGAAAAGGUACAAGAGUACAUAAAGAAGGUGGAACGUACCUGUAAACAAAAUGGAAGCACCUCUUCUUAUAAGAUGAAGCUACCACAUAUCUACUGUGAAAAGGGGUGGGCAUUCCUCAAAUUUGGGGCAAGUUAUUACGAAAAGGCCAAGGAGAGUUUUGCUAAAGCACUGGAAGAAGAGCCUCAGAACCCAGAAUUUAAUUGUGGCUAUGCAAUUACAGUAUACCGUAUGGAGGAUUAUUAUGGGAAAAAAUCUUCAGCAGAAGGGUCAUCGCUGGAGCCCUUGAGACGUGCAGUACGUCUGGAUCCUGAUCAUGUUUUCGUUGUGCCUCUCUUUGCAUUGAAACUGCAGGAAAUUGGUCAGCCCAGAGAAGGGGAAAAGUAUAUUAAACAAGCGCUUGAGAAAAAUCCAGACAUUCCCUACGUACUGAGGUAUGCUGCCAAAUUUUACAGGAAAAAAGGUGAUGUCAUCAAAUCCAUGGAGUUUUUGAAAAGGGCUUUAGAAUUGACUCCCAACUCCGGCUUUCUGCACCAUCAGAUGGGUGUUUGUUACAGGACACAGUUUGUUGAAAUGAAAACGGCCAAAUGCCAUUUGGCCAAAUGCCAGAUGGAGGAGCUGAUCAGAAGUUGUAUUUUUCAUUUCCAAAAAGCGGUGGAGUGCAAAACUAAGUUUGUCUAUGCUUACCUGGACCUUGCUAGCAUGUAUGCAGAAGCAAAGCGUUUUCAGGAAGCAGAGGAAUCGUUUCAGAAAGUCUUUACCAUGACCAAGCUACCUUCUGAAGACAAGCAGCAGCUCCACUUCUGUUAUGGCCGCUAUCAGCAAUUUCAUAAAAGAUCAGACUCAGAAGCUAUGAAACACUAUCUGGAAGGGCUGAAAAUUGAAAAAGAAUCAUUUCCAAGAAAACAAUGCAAAGUUCAUUUGAAGAAACUAGUAGAAAAGAAAAUCAAGAGAAGUCCAGGAGAUGCAAAGAGCUUUGGCAUUCUUGGAUUCAUUCACCAACUCGAUGGGGAAAAGCGCCAAGCAGUUGAAUGCUAUGAACGAGCCCUGGAGAUAGAUCCUGACAAUGAAGAAUACCUUAGUGCUCUCUGGGCCUUAAGGCUUUCUUUACAAAGCUAAAUCUUAACACUUUCAUUUUCUUUUAAAACAAUGUAACAAAAUUCAGAACUCUCAUUUACUCCACUGUAGUUCCAGCAUAGUCCAUGGAAUUCCUUUGGUGUAGUUGAGUUGCGGAUUACAUAACCUUUGUUAAGUGAGCUUUAGGCGUUAUUACUUUGACCUAGGGUUGCCAGGUCCCCUUAAUCUCCCUUGUCUUCGCUGCUUACUCACAGACACCCAUGCUUGCGUGAUGACAUCACUUCCAGGAAGUGAUAUCAUUGUGCAGGCGUGAGGUUGUGCUUCUCAGCAGGCCAAUUUAGACACCAAAUGGAGAACAGUUGCUGGAUAUGGCGGAGCUACCUUUGCACACAGAAACAGUGCUAGCUAACUAGACAGACCACAAAGGGAGUCUAGAGGCCUAGAAUGGGACAACCUUGGAGAGGGGCAUAAAACAAUAGAGUUAUACAGUUGUAUUGCCUUGUGUAGAUUAAAAGAACUGUUUAACUUGUAUCAAUAUAUACAGUGUACCAAGGCCCAGGUGCAAGGAGUAUCUGAGAAUGGCAAGAAUGUUUAAUUUCAUAGAAGCUGGCAAUAUUAUUCAAGGAUGGAUGUACUGGUGGAAGGCCAAAAGAUAUUCAGACAUAUGAGAAACUUGUAAUCACUAAUUCUACAUAGAUUUUGUUAACACAAAUAGAAACAAGAAUGAACUAACUAUUAUAUGUUUUAAGAAGAUGUUUCAAAUAUGGAUAACCUUGUUUGGUGUAUGAAGUCAUAUAAUAAUAAGUUAGCCAAUCAUUUGAGUCUUUGAAGUGGGAUAGAGAGCUAUUGUUAAGAUUCUGAAAUCCUAUAAAUAUGUCAGGCUAAACUGAUCGAGAGCUUCCUCAUAGAAGCAGCUCCUUCCCUGUAACCUUCAUAUCUUUGAGUAAGAUACUUUUUCAGGCUCAUGUUAUUGCUCUCCUUUAAUAGUCCUAUGAAGUAAAAAUGGAUGGUAUGAUUUUUUUUCUUGUUUGAAUUGAGAUUGAGAUUGCUAAAUGGUUAUGUUUUGUUAAUAAAUGCUUUAGAAUGGAAGCAGGGACUCCAUAAUUGUAUUAUUUGUGCACAAUACCUGGUAACGAACCUAGAAUGUUAUCUGUGAUAUGUGGUCAGAAUUUUGAAGUUUGGAUCGAGCUGGACCCUAAUCCAUCGCAUAGAACCAGUCCAGCCCUGAGAUGCAACUUCCUAAGGGUCUCUCUUUCUCUCUCUUUGAAUUAAAGCUUCAUUUCAUGUGUGCCUGUUUCUUGAGAGAGCAGGCAGAAGUCUGCAGCAUUGUCCCCCUGACAAGAGCCAGAAGGGGGCUAUAAGGAACACUAAAUUGAACAAAGGUAUUUGGCUUUAAAAACAAGAGACAGUGAGGGUCCCAAGUAAAGUCAAAUGGCCAAAAAUUAAAUUGUAAAUUAAAUUACAAGUAAAUUAAAACAGGACAUUUCAUUAGGCUCCAGAAUAAAUGCUUAUGAGCAGUGACAAUGCACAUUCCUGAGUAUUUACAGCUAUAGCUUAUAUGUAUACCAAGUAAACUGUAUAUCCUGAGAAGAGAAUGUUAUAAAAACAAUUCUAUGUUAAAACAAGUGGAGGUCCCAAAUAUAUUACGUCAAUGUCCAUCUGUUAUGAAAAAUGCCUGAGAAAAGUAAAACAAAAGACCAUGUGUCCAGUCACGUCAGAGGCCCAGAGAAUUGCCUAUAAGAGUAGCACCUACAGAAAUAUUCUUCACUGCUCCUUGGGAAGACACAAGAACCUUGUGUCUGCCAACAAGUAGUCACCGUGCUCCCUCUUGGGAACCCAUAAGUGGCCUGUGUUUGGUCCAGGGGGUUCCAAUAGGUAAGCCAGGAGAUCUCCUGUGGGAAUUGGGAUUUGUGCUGUAGUGCUUUCGUUUUUGCUUGUUUUUAGGUAUAAGGAUCCAUAUUAUAGAACUGUUUUUAUUGCAUGCUUAUAGGUUGUCAUAAGGAUUUUAUUAGGACUGCAUAAGGAUUUUACUAUAGAACUGUUGGAAGGUUUGCUUAAGGUUUUAUAUUAUUAAGGUUAAGCAUUCUUUUAGGUCUCUAUACUCUGUUCAUAGGUUAUACUACUACUAAUUGCAUGCUUGUAUGUCUGUGUCAUUAUCGUUCUUGCUAACCAUUGAAACAUUCCAGGGCAGUCAGGCCUAUUGUGGCGCCUUGUCUUGCCAUUGCAUAUAUCAUUCCUUAUUUCUAAAAUAAACCUUGGUACUGGUUAAGA